GCUUGCAUGAGGAGUUGAUUAUUGAGUAGACACCUAUAUUAUUCUAGUAAUUGCGUGGACUUUGUUCUUAUGUUUAAGACUUAUGAAGUUACAGUUUGUUGUCAAUGAAGGGAGGCGAUCCCUUAUCAGUUGCACGGAGUGCCGAAGACGCAAGCAAAAAUGUGACGAAAUAAAACCAGCAUGCACUAGAUGUCUCACAAACAAUGCAAUUUGCAAAUAUACUAAAAAUUCGAAGUCAAAUUGCGAUACAAGCAGAACGAUGAAAAAGCGUGAUUGCGCCAAUAGCUUUGAAACACUUGCUGGUUUUGAAUCGCACAACGAAACAGCCUUAGUACCAGCUUUUGAAAUGAAUGGUGCAAUUGACAGCACAAUAUUUACUGACUUAGAAAACCCAAGUGAGCUGGGAAGUCACAGCUAUUUCUUUGACUCUAAGCAGAAAGGGGCCACAAAUGAAGUUAAAUAUAGUUUUUCGGCGCUUGAGUCAUCUCUUGAACUAGAUCUAGAGUUUCAAGCUUUGGCGAUUAUAUCAUCAUCAGACAAUAUGAAAGAUUACUUUAACAAGUAUAACCAAUGCUAUUCGUUAAUACUUUCCCUUGCAUAUUCAAAUAAAACUGUCAUGUACACCUUUGCCGGGUGGCUUUUGUCGAUCAACCAACUUCCGGUUGCCGAAAAAUUCUUGAAACAGUCGACUAAGUUGUUCGAACUAACUGAAUCAAAUUUACUGUCCAGCAGCGAAGAUUUUGUUAGUGAUAUCACAGGGGUAAUUGUUUCACAAACCUGUCAUGCCCUAAUUGCAUCAUCGAAAGGGGAUUAUGCGUCGUGGAGGAAGAUUUUUGAAAAAAUAUACAAGCUACUUGACCAGCUAGGAAUAGAGGAAGCAUUUGGCUUGUUCCAGGAUAACCCUUUUGCGUGCUGGGUUUUGGGGUGGUUCUUUUAUCAGGAUAUCUUCAAGCUUGGAAGGCUAUCAAAUAGAGAAGUUUUUGGCCCCCUUUUUUCAAAAAACACAUACAAGAAACUCAUUGAGGUCACAGCCUAUAGCAAAAUCAAAAACCCAGGUUUUCCAGCUGGAUGCGGCCCGCUGACAAGAUGCUGCUCCAAUCUUUACAUUACUAUGGGAGAAGUAAACACGUUGUAUGACCUUUUUGCCGUCAAACUUCAGGAAUUAAACAAAUACAAGGAAAUAUUUAUAAAUCCAAUAAUAGAGAACAAAUCGAUAUCACGAAACAAUCUUACAUACUUUUUGGAUUCAGAUAUCUACAAAAAAUAUGAUAGCAUGAAAAAACAUUUUUAUUCUUGGUUUAAUAUGAAAGGUGGGGUACUGGAAGAAAAGAUCUGUCAUACUGAACCCAAUCUUGAUAUACCAGGGUUGACCGAUGACCAAAAAAAUCGCCUCAACCUUUUUCAUGACAUACUAAAGAUAUCUUUACAAGUUUUUCUCAAAGUAAGAAUAUUGGGUUGCUCCACCGCAAAUCUACAAAUUAAACUUCUACGUGAAGAGAUUGUGUCUGGACUCCAUAAACUGGUGGCUUGGGAACUAAAUAACUAUUUGUUAUUUCCUUUUUUGAUUGCUGGUACAUCAGUUCACGAAGAAGUUGAUAAGCUGCGACUGAAAAAACUGUAUUGUGAAUUGAAGACUCGUUUGAAAAGCGGAAAUUUAGAAAAGGUUUGGGAAAUGAUAAAAAAUGUAUGGGACUCUUACGAUGAUAAGGAUAAGGUUCAGAAUACCGGAGAUCUGUUAAGUGUCAUUGAUUGUGAUGUAUGUGUAUUUUGAAUUAAUUUCAUAUUUUUUUUCCGUUCCUAAGUAAAAUAAAUAAAAAUUGCACACUUCAUUAUAUACCAGUUGGAGAAAUAAGUAACAUUAAGAUACAUCCAGCGUUCCACUAACAUGCUCAAACUUGUAUAGGGUUCUCACCAAUCAAAGAACCGACGCUUUCCCUACCGUACAAAGUCAGGUUUGUCUUUCGGUUUGCACUGGUUUUGUUAAAGAAUUUUCCCUUUGCUUCAUCCCAUUGGCGAACAG